GCAGUCAGAGCCGAGCCUGCGGGAGCAUGCGGGGGCUGCUGCUGUGGCCCCUGGUGCUGGGGCUCGGCCUGGUGGGUGACAGCCAGACCCCCGGCAUCUACGACGAGGGCUGGAGCACAGAAGGAGGCGACGAGGGUACGCUGGGGCCCUUGCCCAGGCCCGGGGAGGCGCAGCCGGACCAGCCUCACCUGCGCAGCUUCCCGGGCCAGCCCUGCGCCAACGACAGCGACGCGCUGGAGCUCCCAGAGCGCUCCCGGGCGCUGCUGCUGGGCUGGGUGCCCACCAGGCUGGUGCCCGCGCUCUACGGGCUGGUCCUGAUGGUGGGGCUGCCCGCCAACGGCCUGGCGCUCUGGGUGCUGGCCACGCGGGUGCCGCGGCUGCCCUCCACGGUGCUGCUCAUGAACCUGGCCACUGCCGACCUGCUGCUGGCUCUGGUGCUGCCGCCGCACCUCGCCUACCACCUGUGGGACCAGCGCUGGCCCUUCGGCGAAGUCGCCUGCCGCCUGGCCACGGCUGCCCUCUACGGCCACAUGUACGGCUCUGUGCUGCUGCUGGCCGCCAUCAGCGUGGACCGCUACCUGGCCCUGGUGCACCCCCUGCGGGCCCGCAGCCUGCGCGGCCAGCGCCUGACCGCCGGGCUCUGCACGGCCACCUGGCUCAUGGCGGCUGCCCUGGCACUGCCCCUGACCCUGCAGCAGCAGACCUUCCGGCUGGCGGGCUCCGACCGGGUGCUCUGCCACGACGUGCUGCCCCUGGGCGCCCAGGCCUCCCACUGGCGGCCGGCCUUCACCUGCCUGGCCCUGCUGGGCUGCUUCCUGCCGCUGCUGGUCAUGCUGCUGUGCUACGGGGCCACCUUGCACACGCUGGCGGCCGGCGGCCAGCGCUACAGCCACGCGCUGCGGCUGACCGCCCUGGUGCUGGCCUCGGCCGUGGCCUUCUUCGUGCCCAGCAACGCGCUGCUCCUGCUGCACUACUCCAACCCCAGCCCGGACGCCUGGGGUGACCUCUACGCCGCCUACGUGCCCAGCCUGGCCCUCAGCACGCUCAACAGCUGCGUGGACCCCUUCAUCUACUACUACGUGUCCCUGGAGUUCAGGGACAAGGUGCGGGAGGGGCUCUGCUGCCAGCCGCCAGGAGCCACCACGGCCUCCAAGGCCUCCGGGGAGGUGGGCAGCCCUGGGUCGGGCACCCGCUCCUCUUCACUCCCGUGACACCCUCAGGAGGGUGGCCAAGGGGGAAGGGGCCACCUUGGGAAGAGCAGGGUGUCCCCCUAAACCCACGUCCUUCCCAGAACCUCGGAGCAUGACCUCACUUGGAAAUAAAGUCAGUGUAACUGUC